AGGUAUGGAGAGUGCAAUCACGCUGUGGCAGUUCCUUUUGCAGCUGCUGCUAGACCAGAAACACGAGCACCUCAUUUGCUGGACGUCUAACGAUGGCGAGUUCAAGCUGCUCAAGGCAGAAGAAGUGGCUAAGCUGUGGGGACUCAGAAAAAACAAAACUAAUAUGAAUUAUGACAAGCUGAGCAGAGCGCUCAGAUACUAUUAUGACAAGAACAUCAUCAAGAAAGUGAUCGGGCAGAAAUUUGUGUACAAGUUUGUCUCCUUUCCUGAGAUCUUAAAAAUGGAUCCACACGCCGUGGAGAUGAGCCGAGAGAGCCUGUUGCUGCAGGACAGCGACUGCAAGAUGCCUUCGGAGGGCCGGGAGCAGCACAAGCACAGCUUGUCGGCGCUCAAGAGCACCAGCCGAAACGAGUACAUCCACUCGGGCCUCUACUCCUCCUUCACCAUCAACUCGCUGCAGAACCAGCCAGACCCCUACAAGCCAAUCAAAACGGAAAAGCUGGAGGAGAAGUCGGAAGGAAACACCCCCGUCGAAGAGGUUCGGACUGUUAUAAGAUUCGUGACGAACAAAACAGACAAACAGGUUAUGAGGCCCAUGGUGUCGUUGCCUUCCACUUCCGAAACAGCGGCUGCCUCUGCUUUUCUCAGCUCUUCAGUAUCAGCUAAACUGUCUUCCUUAAUGUUACCCAACAGUGCCAGCAUUUCCUCUCCUUCGUCGUCAUCCUCCCGGUCCCCGUCUCUGUCUCCCAGCUCGCCGCUCCCUGCGGAGCACAGGAGCCUCUUCUUCGAGUCCACUUGCCACGACUCGGAUUCGCUCGAACCUCUGAACCUCUCCUCAGGUUCCAAGGCAAAAUCUCCAUCUCUUCCCCCAAAGGCUAAAAAACCCAAAGGCCUGGAAAUCUCCGCCCCACCUAUGGUUCUUUCCGGCACCGAUAUUGGUUCCAUUGCCCUCAACAGCCCCGCGCUUCCUUCGGGAUCCCUGACUCCAGCUUUCUUCACUGCCCAGACCCCGAAUGGAUUAUUGCUGACCCCAAGCCCGCUGCUGUCCAGCAUCCACUUCUGGAGCAGCCUCAGCCCUGUCGCUCCUCUGAGUCCUGCCAGGCUGCAGGGACCAAACACGCUGUUCCAGUUUCCAACCCUGCUCAACGGGCACAUUCCGGUGCCGCUGCCCGGUCUGGACGGAGCCUCCUCUCCAGUCCUGCUCUCGCCCAACGCUCACAAAUCCUGAUGGUGCCUCAGCACGUUAAGGACUCCCUGGUGGAUUCAACACUUCAUUCCUCUGGGCUACCUUUUUUUUUCUCCUGUGUCAUGAGAAGGACGUUGUGAAACCCUCUAUUACUUUGGUUUGCACUUUUCAUUACAUGGAUAAUCUACUUUUAUUAUGUUAGCAUUUUUAAACAGUGUUUAUAUAUAAAAAAUAUAUAUAAAUCUGUUUUGCAUUAAAUGAAUUAUAAUUUUUUUAUAUCCUAGCUCUCAAGUGUUGAACACUUCUGUUGUUGAUGAAGUACUUCUCUUAAUGGAUUGCAACAACGUAUCUAAUAAGGAUGUGAAGCUUCUUUUAAUCCCUUUUUCUGCAUAUUAUGCAUUGUGCUUGUGUAAACUAUAACCGGCUGUGCCUUCUUUUGCAUAAUGUCAUGUAAAUGAUUUAUAUAUUUUCUAGUAUUAAGAUAAAAAGUUGAAAGACAAAACUAGCAUUGAAGAGCCCUACGGUAGUAUUUCAGUAUUUUCUCCACAGAUAGGCCAUACGAUGCAGUGUAUCCAUGCAACUUUGUAUUAAGUGCUUUCAAAGUGUAUAAAAAUAGCCUUAUAAUUUUUCUUUGCUGAAUUGAAAGACGUACUAAGUGCUGCAGCCAGGAAGUGCAUUGAAGAGGAGCGGAGCCACGUUUACACACGCGUGCCCAGGUUCUUGGUGGAGCUGCAACAGGGAGCACAACCGCGGCCGCAAACAGUCACGAAACACUUGCAGUAUUGGAAAGAGGUUCCGGUAGGAAAAGAGACUUUGCUGAGGAUUUACUUGGCACGAACUUCUUGCAAACUGUCCGCGCUGCAGCUGGGAAGACUGCGGCCGCUCUCUGUUCUCCCAGGGAAUGGGGCUCCUUCCUGACGGAGCAUUUCCAGGUGCUUUGCUCAGUCGUGCCAAGUGCCUUCUGCCCUUGCCCUUGAAAGAUUAUUCUAGCUCAGAAGGUCACAUUUCCCCCUUCUUCCAAAGGUGGACAAGUUGUAGGACUGUAAAUUAACGUCUGGUGCUCGUAGAGAGGCAUGCUGUACCCGUGGGAGGUUUCCACAUAACUAUCUGCAUGCUGGAUUAGAACACAGCACUGUGCGACUCUGUGUCUGCAACUGCAACUUAUGAGGUAUAUCCUCUACCUUAAGGUGAUGGGUUUAGUCAUCUGAAUGUCAGGUUAGGAUGAGGCCAGACUCCCUGGCACCACAGAUUCUAAUCUUGGCAGGGCUGAUACAAAUCUUUGCCUUUUCUGAGGUGGCUAAAUUGGGUUGAACACAGUUUCACCAUGCGGGUCUUUCAGAUGAGACCUUAAAAAAACAAAAAACGAAAAAAAAACCACCCCAAACCAAGCUCCUUGCUACAGACCUUAAAGACUUGACUGCUUUCUGGCCAAGCAGCCGGUAAGAAGUCCAUUUUUCCUCAUCUUACACAGUGAGUUGUUUGCUGGUUUUCUGCCUGGGUGCGCUUCAGCGAUGCUGUGUGUGGUUACGUUGUAAAAGUGCUUCUGGAUCCUCCAACAGGAAAGGUGCUAAAUAAACAUUUUAUUAAUGCAGCUGUGAUGUUUAAAAGCCAUUUUGGGGGCAGAGGUUGCCUGACAAAAGACAGCAGGAAUUUUCCUCAGGCUCCCGGGUUGCACAACCAAAAAUGACUCCUCGGUUUCACUGAAGGGUAAUUAAGUGACUAAAAAACUGUCGUAUCUACCUGGAGCACCAGUGCCGAUAAACACAGCAAUUAGAUGCAAGGGAUGAGAAAAGGAACAAAACAAGAUUUUUUCCACUUGAUUCAGCACUUGAAGGUCUCCAAGAGGUCCUAUCCCGUGCACUCCAAAGGUGCGGCUUCACCUAUGCAGAAUUCAUGAGCAAAAGGGAAUCUUAGACCUAGCAGAGUCAAAGCAGGGUGGGAGACAGUGCGUAAGCGGUGGGACUGACUAGCCUAGGGGCGACUGAAUCCCAGAGACCCAAAGAAUCCCAACAUGCCCUUUCAGCAGAUGUCUUCUCUCAGGUACAUGGAAUUUUCCUUCAGUAACUACC